CUAUUGAUGAGAAGCUUUUGAUAACUUAGGGUUUUACGGAUAAAUAUUAAGAACUGAUAACGGUAUCGCAGCUAUAUAAACGCGUGUAACUAUUUAUCACAAGUCUGAUUAACGUGGAGUCCUUAGUGUUAGCAUUCAAGAGACAGACGAACCCUCAACUGCAAAAUGUGGGAUCGUAUUCGUGACUAUUUUAAAGACAAUAAGACCACAGAUUGUGACGUGAACCUUCUCCUGUUCGGCGAAACAGGAGUCGGAAAGUCGACUUUGAUAAACUCCAUUUCCAACUACUUCAAUUAUCCCAAUUUCAAAAAAGCGCAAAAAGGAAAAAUCGACGUUCUAAUCCCCAUGUGCAUAAACAUGUCGGAAGGUGGCAAAGUUCAUGGUACACCAAACGACAACGAAAUGCACAAUAACGGCGAAUCUUCGACCCAACAAGUCAAAGUUUACUUGUUUCCCAUCAAAAUGGACGGCAAAACCUUCAACCUGAGACUGAUUGACACGCCUGGAGUUGGAGAUACCAGAGGCUUGGAACGCGACAACGUCAAUCUAGAUAACAUUCUCGCGUACUUGGCGACACUUCAACAACUCCACGCCAUUUGCUUUGUGUUGAAGUCGAACCAGACGAGAUUUACGAAGUUUUUCGUGUAUUGUCUGAAGCAGAUAUUGACACGACUGGAUAAAAGCGCCAGUGAGAACAUCAUUUUUAUUACUACUUAUAGCAAAACGGCGCGUUAUACAGCUGGAGAGACGAAACACCACUGUUUGAUACCGCUGAUUAAAGACAUACAGUCGAGACCUCCACAUGUCACUAUACCUCUGACCAAUGACAACAUCUUUGCUUUGGACAAUGAAGCAAUGACAGCUUUGUUGGAAAUCAAGGAAGGCAAAACUUUCAGCAAAUACGAUAUGGAAGGUCUUGAGUACAGCUGGAAGAUAUCGUCAAAUGAAAUUCGACGAUUGUUGAAGUACAUUAUCGGGGAUUUUAAAAAAGGAGCUUUGAGACCGCACGACGUUGAAAACACUAUCAGUAUUAACGAAGUCAGGUUUCUUAUCGAACAAUUAUCAACUCCUAUUGCGGAAGUGUCAGAGCUGAUCCAAGACAACAUCAGACUGCUCGACAGACAUAAAGAACGGCUCAAUUUAGAGACCCAAACUCUAAACCAGCUCAAAACUCAACUCUACAUACCUUGCGUUGAUCUUGAAGUGAAAGAACUAGAACAACCUGUAACCGUUUGUACGGACACUAAAUGUGCAGAUGUCGUAAAGGUCAAUAACGUUACGCAGUGGCAUUACAAACAGAGAUGCCAUAAUCCCUGUUUCUUGUCUGGGAUUCCCAAAGAGAUGAUCGGAGAUCCCGGACUUAUCGGUUGCGCUGCCAUGUCAGGCGAAAAGUGCGUACAUUGUAAGUGCCCCUGGCAAGUCCACAUGCAUAUCUACAAAGAAACCAAGAAAGUCGACGUUCACAAAGAAGACCAAAGCGUGAAAAACGCUAUCAAAAAUAAAGAAGAGGUUCGAGUUUACAUUGAGCAACUGAUGAAAGAUCUAAACAAACGGAGAUCAGAAUUGGAAGAAGAAGGCCAAACUAUUUCUAGAAUCAUCGCCAAGUUUUCGUACUUCUUGCAGGAACACGCACUGACGCCCUUCAAUGACGCCUACAGUGACUACCUUAAGCAGCUUAUUAAAAAUGAAAAGCAUCUUGGAAAGUUCGCUGAUCAGGAUGUUAUCGACAAACUGGAGACACUCCUCAGCCAGCACCUAGUACUGCAAAAAACGUUCCAAGAAAGUGCGAAAAACUUCCAAAAGGAGGGUACAAGUGAUUUGACCCCUGCAGGAAUCAAGAAGAGUAUCACGGAACUUUACAGUUUGAAACACAUGGGGAGAAUCAUACAACAACUGAUACAAAAAUCGAGCAGUUGUCGCCACAGAGAAACCCAGAAAAAUUUCAGCUGCGUUGUUUCGCCAGCAAUAGACUUGGACCAGAAAACCGCCGAAGAACAGUAUCAGUACUACAAAUCGCCUGAAAGUGAAUACAACUCAGACAACUACUACGAUCCUGAUUAUACAGUCACGUAUAUGUCUAGAGCUAGCGAUUCCGAAGAAAACAGAUCUCCAAAUUAUCGUGAUUCUAGUCCUAGACAGCCUUUUAUAUACAGAGAUGAAGAUAGCCGGUUCCCAAAUUCGAGAAACUUCAGAAAUGGUCACGGAUCUCCUUCUAGGCACCACUCAAAACGAUCUCCGGAGCGACGAAAUAGAAAUGAAACGAAGGAAAAACACAGCUCUCGUCACCACCACCUAGAAAAAAGUGAAAAAUCUUCGCGAGAUGAAAAACCCAGUCGCAAAAAACGUUCUUCUCGUCUAUCAAGAAGUCCAGAACUUUCACAUAGAAGACACCAUAAAGUGUCAUUUAGACGUCGCCAACAUAGCAGCGACAGCUACGAUUCCGAUGAUCGUGGUAACAGAAGUUCGUCCAGAAGACGGUAUUCAGAUGACGAUCGUCCUGCUAGAUCCUCUAACCGUGUCAAACGAUCUAAGACCCAAAAAGGACGUAUAUCUCACAAACACCACAAUUCAGAUGAUGAGCGUCCUAAGAAGUCAAAUCGGGCCAAAAAGAACUCUUCUCCUCAGUCAACAGAUUCAGAAGAAUCCUACGACAGCAGCACUGACAAAAAAUCGUCCCGGAAGGGUAAACAUUCUAAGCACAAAGACAAUCCUGAUAGUGACGAUUCUACCAAAAACGGUGUUAACCGAUCCAAGAACCAAAAAGAGCCUAAAUCCACCAAGUCUUCCAAAACUGACAGAAAUGUAUCUAAAUCUGAGCAAGAAACUCGCGCUCGGAAUGAUAAAUCGUCUAGAAGUGGACGUAAGAAACACGCAGGAAGAAAAUCUAGUCCCGUUGAUAAACAUCCUACUAAAUCAUCCAGAAAGGAACGCAGUACGAAAGAAAAGGGUUCUAAAAGUCAGAAGAAGCCCAAAUCUGAGGACGAAAGUUGUGACUCGGAUGAUAAACGUUCGGUUAGAUCUUCCAGCGAUCAUGAAGCCAGAAACGGCACUAGUUCAGAUGAAACAAGUUUCAAAGAAGAUGAAAUUCAUAAACACCACAAGUCAGAUGAUGAGCGUCCUAAGAAGUCCAAUCGUGCCAAAAAGAACUCUUCUUCUCAGUCAACAGAUUCAGAAGAAUCCUACGACAGCAGCACUGAGAAAAAAUCGUCCAGGCGACAUCGUCGCAGAAGCCAAAGCGACGAUUCAGAUGACCGCAAUUCUGUAAAAUCGUCCCGGAAGGGUAAACACGAAGACAAUUCUGAUAGUGACGAAUCUACCAUAAACAGUGGUAACCGAUCCAAGAACCAAAAGGAGCCUAAAUCCACCAAGUCUUCCAAAACUGACAGCAAUGUAUCGAAAUCCAGAAAGGAGCGCGGUACGAAAGAAAAGAGUUCUAAAAGUGAGAAGAAGCCCAAAUCUGAGGACGAAAGUUGUGACUCGGAUGAUAAACGUUCGGUCAGAUCUUCCAGCGAUCUUGAAACCAAAAGCGGCUCUAGUUCAGAUGAAUCAAGUUUCGAAGCAGUUGAAAACGAAGAAUGAUGUGUGGACGUUUUAAGUUUAGAAAAUGCUUUGUAGCACGCUGUAGUAAACAUUAAAGCUUU